CGAGCGGCGACCGGCUUCAGUACCCACCUCAUAUUUGUGUAGGCUACUAUCAGAAUUAACAACCAAUGUAUAAAUAAUUAAUAAGCAUUUAAUUUCUUAAAGUGAUUGGCGUGCAUUAUUUUUAAGUUCUAGUGCCUUCAUUCUCUCUUCUCAUCAGAGCAUAUUCCCAGUUUCAGCCCCGGGACUGCUUUCCUAUUUUUUCGUCUCUACCUGGAGUUUAAAAUGGCGGAAUCGCAGCCAGAAUGCCAGUUGCGUCGCCGACGUUCCUCGGGGAACCCCAAUCUACCCCUCAACUUGGACGUGGGUUACCAGAUAGAUGAAGGAGGCCCAAGCCAGGGCACACCAUCUCCCAACAAGGGCCCGCCCAGUACCAGACGGACCUCGCAGGCGUUGAGGGACUUUAAGAAUAAACAGCAGUCUUUUGAUAUACAAAUUAUUCAGGUUGAAGAAUGCGAAGAAGAAGAAAUAAUAAUAGACAGUGAUGAUGACGGAGAAGACAACGCAGUCGCCACCGCCGACCGCCCCGUGACCCCUACGCCUAUACAAGACUUCGGAGCCAAUGUCGUGUACGUCGAAGGACCUCAGGUGUCAGAUUUCUUGCAAGUGAAAGCGAUUGAACACGAUGCCUACACGGACGUGUCUGAUGCUGACAGUGAAGAAGAAGAACAGUAAAAUAAAAUUAUUAUAUUCGGAUCACUAAAAUUACUGGUAAAAUUGGAAUUUAUUUAUUAGUCUUUGUGGGUUGUUAUGAUUAUGAUAUAUAUGCAGAUGUUAUGGAUAUAUUUGAAAAUAGCUAUAUUGAUAUUUUUCCAAAUUAUUGCCAGGAUCGUGUACUAAACGUAAAAUUCAAAUUAUAACCAAAAUUUUGCAUAGCCAAUACAAAUAACUAUAUUAGAAUACCAGUAAUUUUCUUGAUAUUUUUUAAUAUCAUAUUAAUUAAGCAUUUAAAGCAUAAUAUUACCUAAUAUUAGUUCUAGUCGUAGCUGUAUUUAUAUGAAAUCUAUUUAUUUGUUGACUAAAUAAAAGAACAAUCACGAA